CUACACGCUUGCACUGACCACUUAUACGUGGCGUGAGCACUGUCGGCAGCAACGUGCUCAACAAGCACCAUGCUCAGCAUGGACGAAGCGUCUGAUGUCAUGACCAGAGAACUGCCAGUGGAACGACGCCAACGACACUCGCGGGAUCGUACGACUUCGUUGAAUUCGCUUUCUCACUUUAAAAGUGGUCCGUCCAAGCAUAUGCGGCCUUCCACCCUCCGAAAUCGUGGCUCUAAUGCCAGCAUGAAAAGCAUCGGCUCCGAAACUGACCACUCGGAAAUUAUUGCCCCCAUUCCCCGCCGACAUCUCCUGCAAACGUCACAAAGUCUUCAUUGGCUUCGGGUCGAUACGUCGUCAGGAGACGAAUGGUUGAACAGAGGUGUAUCUCCCAUGUCCGCAUCUUCAGUGGGCUCUGUCUUCCCCAAUAGCAGGAAGAACAACCGACUUAGCUUCACCGCUCUUAUGGAACACGAAAGAACCGCAGCUGGGGCAUCAUCCACGGUUGAUAAGAGAAUACUUGAGGACGAUCAGGGAACUGUCGGGGCUGGAAGGCGGUGGUUGAGGUGGAUGCAUCGAAAUAAUAUGAAGAACUGGGUGGUUCCUUCAGCUAUCGCCACAUCUACCUUGGUGAAAUGGUGCAUCGGACUUGGAACAUAUUCGGGCCACGAUACACCACCCAUAUUCGGCGAUUAUGAAGCCCAGCGACAUUGGAUGGAGCUUACCGUACACCUCCCCGUUAGGGAAUGGUACACGUAUGACUUGCAGUACUGGGGUCUUGACUAUCCUCCUCUGACUGCUUAUGUAUCGUGGCUAUGUGGAAAAAUUGGGUCAUUAAUCGAAUCUUCAUGGUUCACGCUGCAGGCAUCUCGCGGCAUAGAGACCGCAGGAAGCAAGCUGUUCAUGCGAACCACCGUGCUUGCCCUUGAUAUGCUAAUUUAUGUUCCGGCAUUGUAUACGUUUGUACGCGCAUGGCAGGGCACGCGAUCAUCAAGGAAACGACAUGCUGCGCUGCUCACAGUAUUGUUCCAUCCAGCCCUUCUAUUGAUCGAUUUUGGUCAUUUCCAAUACAACUCCGUCAUGCUAGGUUUGACACUACUCGCGAUCAAUGCCUUUGCAGCUGGAUAUGAUCUCCUUGGAGCUAUAUUCUUCGUCCUGAGUUUAGGUUUCAAACAGAUGGCUCUUUAUUACGCACCUGCGAUCGGCUCUUACUUGAUUGGAAAAUGCAUUUAUCUAGGCCCAGUCCACGGUACUAGCCUGUUUCUCCGCCUGGCUCUGACGACCACAUUAGCUUUCAUCAUCAUGUUCGCGCCCUUCCUCCCUCCCUUCUCCCCUCUCUCCACUAUUGCUGCACCUAUCAUUCGUAUAUUUCCGUUCGGGCGUGGCCUCUUCGAAGACAAAGUUGCCAACUUUUGGUGCUUUACCAACGUGUUAGUGAAGUGGAAGCAGCUAUUUGCUGGUCGAGAAGGUGUUCUUAUCAAAGCCUCUACUGGACUUACCGCUCUUGGGUUCCUGCCUGCUGUGGUCGCGCUAAUUUUCGGUGGCUACAAGACCCAGCUGCAGACGGAUAUUAAAAACGACUCCGCAAAUGGGUCUUCUGCGAUAGUACACGCUAGCCCUCCAACACCAAUUCUGCCGCUCUUGCCGUAUGCACUCCUAACCUGUUCCAUCUCGUUCUUCCUUUUCUCGUUCCAGGUGCAUGAGAAGACUAUUCUUGUUCCUCUGCUACCUCUCACACUCCUGCUGUCGGGUGCUGCACCUACUGACGACGUAUUCUUAUGGGGAACUUUGGGCAACAAUGUUGGUCUCUUCAGCAUGUGGCCCUUACUUAAAAAAGACGGUUUAGGACCCCAAUACCUUGCGAUGCUUCUUCUGUGGAACCGACUGAUCGGGCAUAAUCCGUUCAAACUACACUAUGAAUCUUUCGUAGGACUCGUCUCUUCCGUGGUGCAUACAGCAAUAAUCCUCCUCCACCUGCUCGAGCUUACAGUGACGCCACCCACACGUUACCCUGAUCUCUUCCCAGUCCUCAACGUCUUAGUGAGCACACCCGUUUUUGUGCUCAUCUGGCUUUGGAGCAUCAAGCGCUCCGUGGAAGUGAGCUGGGCGAUAAGUGGACUACCUGGAAGACGCGAAAAAAAAGACGAAUCGUCUUCAGUUCCCUCUGCAAUUAGUGCUACCUCGUCGAGUGCGGCGUUCGGACGGACUUCGAUGCGUGCAGAAGUGGGCGUGCGUGCGAUGAGUCUUGGUUAUGCAAGUGGGCGUGGGCGCGGACAGGCUGAUGCUAGAAGGCGGGCGUUGGAGGUGUUGAGCGCGGGGAGUGAUGAUCAGGAGCAUUGAGCGUUGGGGAUGGACUUCGUUUGUUUUAAUUUAAGGGAAUAUACAUGAUCGCACGUAUUCUGCUCACGGUUUUUUUGCGGGAGAUUGAGUUUUUUUCCGAGGAGAGGGGGACUUCUGAUCUUUACGGAAUCGUGCGCUUUCUCGGUUCAGAUGCUUGGUUAAACCGGAUUAUCGAUAACCUAUCGAGGAAUCAGCUCUUCCGCUCGGACGCGAUCGCGACAAAGCAAUCUCAAUCUUGCAAUACGAAAGCCACCGCCAGCCUUCGAUGGCAACAGAAUGUUCUGAAACUCAAGACCAUCCAGAACGUAUGCCAAAGGAUUAUAUUCAGCGCUCAGUCUCAAUAAACGAAAAUGAAUGAAGGGGAAUAAGACAUAUCAAUGAAAUAAACAUAGAUCGCAGAAAUGUGUCCCGUAAAUAAACUAAAUGAGUCCA